GGGGAAAGCAGCGACGAAACGUGGUUUCCAUGAACUCUCACUCGCGCAUCCCAGCUGGUGUGGUUGGUUUCUCUCAUCAACCGACGAGCGAGAGCGAGCGGAUUUGUUUCGAAUAAUUUAGCCUGCCUGCCUUUCAAAUCGUGGAGUCUUCUCCACGGCCACUACCGCCCCCCUGCUGCUCUGCUGCCUCGCUGUUCCCGGCGAUUAAUUAACAAUGCAUUUGUUUAAUUCCACCCUGCUCGUCUACUCAUAAUUAUUCACGCUCCGUACUUCUCCGGCCGGCCGGCCGCCCUCCCCCCUGCUUCAAAAGCGCUCUGUCCGUCGUUCAUGAGUGCCGCCGCCGUCGUCCUCCUCCUGCGGUUUGUAUGGUUGUGAAGCUGCCGGUGCUGGAGGUGGAGCAGCAGCAGAAGAAGAAGACGAAGAAGAAGAUUCUUCGGAGAUGAAGACGCCGGCGCCGCCGCUGAGGACCGGGAGCAAGAAGGGCAGGGCCGCUGCCUUCUGCAACCUCCCGAUGCUCCUCCUCAUCGGCGCCAUCCAGUUCCUCGUCAUCUACUCCCCCGCCAUCGAUCGCUACAUGGUCAUGGUCACCAAAGGCAAGCCCGGGUUCCCGUCGCUGCUGCUGGACGGCAGGCGAGGCUUCAAGCUGGUGGAGGAGGAGUCCAUCCCGGAGUCCCGGGUGCGGUGCGACUUCGCGGACCCGAGGUCGGACGUGUGCGAGCUGGAAGGCGCCAUCCGCAUCCGCGGGAGCACGUCGGAGGUCUUCGUCGUCGCCGGCGCCGGCGCCGACGGUCUGCUGGCGGCGAACGUGACGGGUCUGGCGCCCGGGAUGAACGCGACGAGCUGGACGAUCCAGCCGUACACGCGGAAAGGCGAGGUCCGCGUGAUGCGUGGCAUCACGACGCUGACGGUGCGCGUGGUGUCCCCCGGCGACGCGCCGCCCUGCACGGUGCGGCACGACGUCCCCGCCGUGGUGUACUCCAACGGCGGCUACUGCGGCAACUACUACCACGACUUCAACGACAACAUCAUCCCGCUGUUCGUGACGACGCGCCACCUGGGCGGCGAGGUGCAGCUGCUGGUGGCGCAGAAGCAGGCGUGGUGGUUCCACAAGUACCGGGAGAUCGUGGACGGGCUCACCAACUACGACGCCGUGGACCUCGACGGCGCCGGCGAGGUGCGGUGCUUCCGUAAGGCCACGCUGGGGCUGCGUAGCCUCAAGGACCUCAGCAUCGACCCGCGACGCGCGCCGCGGAACCUGUCCAUGGUGGACUUCAAACGCUUCCUCAUGUGGCGGUACGCGCUGCCGCGGGAGCACGCCAUCCGGACGGACGAGGAGGAGGCCGCCGGGGCCGGGGGUGGGCACCGGAGGCCCCGGCUGCUGCUGGUGACCCGGCGGUCGCGGCGGCGGUUCGUGAACGUCCCGGAGAUCGUGGCGCUGGCGGAGGAGGUCGGGUUCGACGUGACGACGUCGGACCUGAUGUCGGCGUCGGCUAAGAACAACAACAAGGCCGGCGCCGGCGUCGGGGACGAAGGGCACUCGCGCAUGGCGGACGCGUCGAAGCUGGUGAACUCGUUCGACGUGAUGGUGGCGGUGCACGGGUCCGGGCUGACCAACCUGGUGUUCCUGCCGAUGAACGCGGUGGUGGUGCAGGUGGUGCCGCUGGGGCGGAUGGAGAGCCUCGCCAUGGACGAGUACGGGGUGCCGCCGCGGGACAUGAACAUGCGGUACAUCCAGUACAACAUCACGGCGGAGGAGAGCACGCUGUCGGAGGUGUACCCGAGGGCGCACCCCGUGCUGCUGGACCCCAUGCCCAUCCACGAGCAGAGCUGGUCGCUCGUCAAUGACGUCUACCUCGGGAAGCAGGACGUCAGGCUCGACGUCCGGCGGUUCAGGCCCGUCCUCCUCAAGGCCAUCCAGCUGCUCCGGUGACGGUGACCCACAUCCUAGUAUUAACUGACAUUGAUUGCCUCGCCGCGCACCGCCGCCGGCCGGCUUUUCCUCCUGCCAUGACCAAUGUACAAUCUCCACUCCAAUAUGCGAUCCAGGUAGAUGACAUGUGACUACAGAAAACAUAUGAUACUCCCACAUACAUACAGUGAUCCAAUCCUCACCAUGCUUUCCUCCAUUCCUUUUCUUUUUCUUCGGUAAUAGUAUACAGUGAGUAUAUUUUAUCUUGUUUUUUCUCUCACACGGCGACAUGUAAAAUUUCACAAUCGAUGGAUCGAUGAAUUAGCUGUCGUUGUUGCUCA